AUGGGCAUAGUGUCAUUUCUAGAUCAAGUUCAAGACUAUCCUCAGUGUCUCAAAAGAGAUUCAGUGAGUGCAAGUCAAACUUCCUCUAUUAAUGUUGCAAAUGGGACUUCAUGUAUGCCAACACAGAGAGUGAUUAGUCAGUGUGUCAGAGUCCUGGUCUCCAAACUGGGAGAGUCCAGUGGCCCAUACAUUACCUUGAAAAGUUCUUGGCACCAACCGACAGAAACUCAGCAAAAUAAUGAUGGUUUGGAAUUGGUUAAAACAUUGAAACAGGUGGUGGCGAUGCCCAAGGUGUAGUAUCAGCACUUUGACGGUGACCCACUGAAGUGUGCCACCUUUUUUCAGAAUUUUACGACAUAUUUGGAGAAGGAUAACCCUGAUGACUCCCGAAGAUUACAAUUUCUCAUCCAGCACUGCACGGGUAAACCAAGGGAUGUGAUUGAAAGCUGCUCUAACUUGCCUGCAAGUGAGGGUUACCGAGUAGCGAAGGAAACAUUGUGUGAGAACUUUGAAAAGUCAGACAUAAUUGCAGGGGCCAAAUAUAGAAGUUACUGAAUUUACCAAACCUUAAGAAUGCAGAUGGAGCGUCUCUGUUAGAAUUUAGAAGACAAUUGGAUACCGCAGACCAAACACUGACUGCAAUGGGCAUUGAAUAUCUAGCUGACCUCAAUCACAUGAACACAUCGAGAGAACUUGCUAAGAAGCUGACAACAUUUUUUAGAGCAAAAUGGACUGAAUGCGCUGGGAAGAUAAUUGAUUUAGGGCAUAGACCUAAGUUUCAGGACUAUGCUAAGUCCAUAAAAGACAGGGCGAAGUUGGUGGACAACAAGUUCGGGCAAGACAUGAACAGUGUGUUUGCAGGAGAGACUAACAUGUGGAAAAAGAGAGUGAAUUCUGAUGAAACUUCACCACAACUGGAAACAUUCGCAACAGGACAUGGUCUGAACAGUUGUGGACAAAGUGGAAUCUUAAAUGCACAAAUUGUUUGCUUCAUUUGCUCAGGGCAACACGAGGUUUGGAAGUGUGAACUUUUUAAAGGCUUACACAUGAAGAGAAAAGGAAGAUUGUGCAACGAGGUGGACCUUGUAACAAGUGUCUAG